AUGAUACGCAAAGUCCUCAGCAUCAGCUCAGGACUGGAUCAGCUGGGAGGCAUCAAGUGGGAACUGGCUCUGUGUCUCCUUGUGACAUGGAUUUUCAUAUUCGGCUCUCUGGCGAAAGGUAUCAAGACAAUUGGAAAGGUUGUGUACGUGACGGCGACGCUGCCAUAUGCUUUCCUCUUCAUUCUGCUUGUCCGUGGCCUGACUUUACCAGGUGGACCGCAAGGCAUUCUGUUCUACAUUACCCCAGAUUUCAGCAAAUUACUGGACGUUCAGGUGUGGGUAGGGGCGUGCGUUCAGGUAUUCUUCUCACUGGGGCCGGGAUAUGGAGGCCUUAUAUCAAUGGCUAGCUACAACACCUUCCACAGCAACUGUUUAAGGAACGCACUCAUCUGUACAUUGGUGUGUGGGGGAUCAAGCUUGUUUGCUGGAUUAAUUGUAUUCUCGUUUCUUGGAUCCAUGGCUCACGAAGCCAACGUCCCCAUCACAGAUGUUUUGUCAUCAGGUGGGUGAGAUUUAAUAUGAGGAUAUUUUAUCAAUUUAUCAAUUUCGACUUGAUGCAA